AUGGCGUGGGCUCAUAGCAUCAACGAGAAGGUCGCGAAGAGCGCCGUCGGGCGCUGGUUCCGGCUCGAUGGCAGCGGCCACAAGAAGACUCGACGCGGGUCCAACUUCCUCACAGAGAUUCGCGCCGGGCUGGCGACCUUCUUCGCUAUGGCGUAUAUUAUCGCCGUCAACUCAAGCAUCGUCGCGGAUACCGGAGGCACAUGCAUCUGCAACGGCGGUGCUGACGAUCCGAUAUGUGAGACCAACACCGAGUACGCCCUGUGCACCAACGAGAUCAAGCGUGACCUGAUCACCGCCACGGCCGCCAUCUCUUGCUUGGCUUCUUUCGCCAUGGGAUUAUUCGCCAACUUGCCCGUUGGUCUUGCUCCCGGGAUGGGUCUGAAUGCCUACUUUGCCUACACCGUUGUUGGAUUCCACGGCACCGGCACCGUCCCAUAUCAGGUCGCUGUAACAGCCAUUUUCGUUGAGGGCUGGAUCUUCUUCGCCCUGGCACUCUUCGGCAUGCGUCAGUGGCUCGCGAGAGCCAUUCCCCGCUCCAUCAAGCUGGCUACGUCUGUCGGUAUCGGUCUGUUCCUCACCCUCAUCGGUCUGACGUACUCCGAGGGUAUCGGCCUCAUUGUCGGCGCAACUUCCACCCCUACCGAGCUUGCCGGCUGCGCGGACGGCUUCCGUGACCCAGACACAGGACUGUGUCCUGGCAGCGAGAAGAUGAGAUCUCCCAUGAUGUGGGUCGGCAUCUUCUGUGGCGGUAUCCUGACCAGCCUGUUGUUGAUCUACCGCGUCAAGGGUGCAAUCCUGUACGGCAUCAUCCUGGUAUCCAUCAUCUCCUGGCCGCGUACCACACCGAUUACUUACUUCCCUUACACGGAUGUUGGAAACGACAACUUUGACUUCUUCAAGAAGGUCGUGGACUUCCACCAAAUCUCCAAGGUCCUGAAUGUGCAGGAGUGGAGCAUCGGACAAUACGGUGGCCAGUUCGGACUGGCACUCAUCACAUUCCUCUACGUCGACAUCCUCGACUGCACCGGUACUUUGUAUUCUAUGGCACAGUACGCCGACCUGAUUGACCCCGUUACCCAGGAUUUCGAGGGCUCCACUAUCGCAUACAUGGUUGACUCUGUCGCUAUCUCUAUCGGCGCCCUUCUCGGCACACCACCCGUGACCGCCUUCGUGGAAUCAGGUGCUGGAAUCGGAGAAGGUGGCAAGACCGGUCUGACAGCUAUGGUGACGGGCAUUUGCUUCUUCAUCUCUAUCUUCUUCGCCCCUAUCUUCGCCUCUAUUCCCCCUUGGGCAACAGGCUGCGUCCUGGUCCUCGUUGGCUCGAUGAUGGCUUCGUCCGUCACGGAGAUCAACUGGCGGUAUCCUGGCGACAGCAUCCCCGCCUUCGUCACCAUCGCUCUCAUGCCUUUCACCUACUCCAUCGCCGACGGCCUUAUCGCCGGCGUCUGCACGUACAUCGUGCUGAACACCACGGUCUGGGUGUUGGAGAAGGUCAGCGGCGGGCGCAUCGUCCCACCGAACAAGGACGAGAAGGAGCCGUGGACGUACAAGAUCCCCGGUGGCGUGCUGCCGCCCUGGAUGAGGCGCCUGGCCAAGGGAAAGAAGAACUUCUGGAGCGAGGACGACAGGGACGAGGUCGUCGGCCGUGGGGAGGACAGCCGCCGCACAAGCGGGAGCCUCGGGGAGCCGGAAGAGAAGACUGUCGGUGCUACCACUGCGUCAAAGCCGGUCACAGAGGGUGGCGAGGAAAAGCUUCAUUAA